AUGGCUCCCAUCUUCUCGCAGACUUUACCUGGUGCAUCACCCAGGGCAAUCGACGAGGCCGUGGUAGCGAGGGCCGUGAGAGACAUGACCGAGGUGGAUUCGGUGACCGGCACAGACGCCAUCGUCGUCGCCGUAUUCCUCGGCAUCGCCCUCUACAACUUCGUCGAGCUCAACUUUAUCAUCCUCGCGACGUUCAAGCGAAAAAGCGGUCUCUACUUUUGGAGUUUCGUCGUGGCAACAUGGGGCAUACCGCCUUAUUCUAUCGGGUUUCUUCUCAAGAAUUUUCUGCCCGACACCAACAGCUACAUUUACGUCACGCUGAUCGUGGUGGGGUGGUGGCCUUUGGUGACGGGGCAGUCCAUGGUGCUGUACUCGCGGUUACAUCUCGUUUUGCGGAAGCCAGCCUGGUUGAAAGCGGUCCUGAUUAUGAUCAUUGUCAAUGCAGUCAUUUGCUACGUUCCAACAACCGUCAUGGUCUACGGCGCCAAUUCUUCAAACCCGGAUCCUUUCAUCACGCCAUACUCCAUAUACGAGAAGAUUCAGGUCACCAUCUUCUUCAUCCAGGAGAUGAUUUUAUCUGGACUUUACAUCUAUUCGACGACGAAAAUAUUACGCAUCGAUGCCGUCACAGGGAGGAAUGAAUCUCGCGAUGUGAUGCGGCAUCUCAUCGCAGUGAGCAUUAUCGUCGUCAUUCUGGACAUCACCAUCCUCGCUUUCGAAUACGCCAACCUCUACUACCUACAAACAAGUUACAAAGCUCUUGCCUACAGCGUCAAACUAAAGAUCGAGUUCAGCAUCCUCAACCGGUUGAUAGUCGUCACCCAAGGUCGCAAGUGCAGUUCAUGCCUCCAGAGCACGGAAUGCAGCGGUGGAAUGUACAGCAGUCGAAGGCAGAGCGAUGGGGGGAGGCCUUUUCAGCCUCGACGUGGAUCACGGUCUACAGUAAGACCAGGUUUUAGUUUUAGAGAUGAUAGUGGACGCAUCGACCGCCCUGGCAACAAAGAUGAUAGUAAUGCGUGA